AUGAAAAAGACUCUACUAUUGGUGUUCAUCCACGGGUUCAAGGGCGGCGAUGAUACAUUCGGCAAAUUCCCGCAGCAUACCAAAGGGCUCCUUAGUCGCAAACUUCCCUCCAUUACUGUGGUGACACUCGUCUACCCGAAGUAUGAAACCCGAGGGAGUUUGCAGGAGAGUGUAAACGCAUUUCGAGAAUGGCUCCAGAAUCAAGUCAUAGAUUUGGAAGUAUCCAACGGUACAGCCUCACCGACCGUUGAUCCCUCCGUGCACGUCUUUCUCGUUGGUCAUUCAAUGGGCGGAAUAGUCGCGGCAGAUACGCUUUCGCUCCUAGCUUCCGAGCAACCCAUACCACCGAGAACCUCUCCGCAGUCGUCGCAAUACCAGUCAGACGGAGGAUCAGAGGACACCGCAGCUGCGGAGAGCACGAGCUUAGGGGACCCCAGCACAUUCAUGUUCCCCCAUAUCCAGGGAGUGUUCGCUUUCGAUACUCCAUACCUCGGGAUCGCCCCUGGAGUUGUCUCAUACGGCGCCGAGGGCCAUUAUAAGAAUAUUACGUCCACAUACAACGCAUUCUCAGAGGUAGCUGGACUGUUCGGGUACGGAGCGAACAACACCUCUUCAAAAAGGGAGACACCAGCGCCUUCGAACGAUGCCAAUAAAUCAUUACCCCCAAGACCGGAUGACGAUGCUGCAGCGACACCCUCCUGGCAGCGAUGGGGCCGAUAUGCCAUGUUUGCGGGCGCUGCAGGCGCUGUCGCUGCGGGAGGUGCUGCAGCCAUGUAUUCUCAACGGCAACGUUUGACCGAUGGCUGGGGAUGGGUGUCUUCGCAUCUUUCAUUCGUGGGAUGCCUAGCACGACCAGCAGAACUUCGACAACGUCUUUCUCAACUAACGCAGGUGCGCAAGGACCGAGGAAUCAGAUGCGUCAACUUCUACACCAGCCUAGGGAAGGCCGCUUCAUCUCUGGUGGAGAACAGCAGCAAUGUCAACGAGAGUAGUAGUCAUACGCCAUCGUUCAGCUCCAAAAUUAUCCGCUCAAAGUAUCGUACUUUUUGCACCCUGCCGGAUAGAGAUGAGGACCAAGAAAAGUCGACCAGCCUGGGCGCGGGACUGGAGUGGAUCAAAACCGUCAAUGACAGGGCCAGUGAUGAGAUCAAAGCCCACACCUGCAUGUUUAUGCCGAAAGAGAACCCGGCUUUUUCAGAGCUAGUUAACCAAGCAUGCACGGCGAUGAUCAGAUCGGUUGAUAGGGGAUGGUAUAGUACCGCUCGGGGUCAAACAUCCGAUGACAAUAAUAGCCAAGCGCAUAUGCCGCGGCCCGACAAGGACCGAGCCCAUAAUCAAUCCGAAAGCGGGACUCUGGAUGAUGACGAGGACGUCGUUCUGGUCGACUGA